UUGCAGGGAAUCGUUGGUACGACAUCGUCCGGCAAGACCUCUCUUGUUCAUCGAUACCUCACGGGAACCUUCACUGCUGAAGAAAGUCCAGAAGGUGGUCGUUUCAAAAAAGAGGUCUUUAUCGACGGUCUCAGUCACUUGUUACUGAUUCGCGACGAAGGCAGCGCUUCUCCGGAUGUUCAGUUCUCGUUGUGGGCGGACGCAGUGAUUUUUGUGUACAGUGUCGACAAUCAAGAAAGCUUCGAGCGAAUUCGACAUUUCUACAGUCACAUGAACAAGUUCCGAAACGUGGCCGACAUGCCGGUGUUGUUAGUGGGAACAAAGGAUACCCUCUCAGAAAAGAAUCCACGAGUGAUUAGUGAAGAAGAGGGCAAGCAGAUGGCGAAUCAUCUGAAACGUUGCGCUUACUAUGAGACAUGCGCUACGUAUGGAUUGAACGUUGAACGGGUGUUUAAAGAUGGUGAGUUUUUCGGGAUGUUAGAUUUUUUCGGCCACUUUCUAUCGUUGAAUAGACUGAGCUUUCUGUUAAUGCAAUUUUUCUACCGAGUUGAUUGCCCCUUUUGGAACGACUUGUGUUGA